AUGCAGAAGCAGCAUGUAUGGCUGAAACAAUUCGUCAAUAUUCAAACAAAUCUCGUGCAGAAAUAUCCAAACAAUGUAUUUAUUUUUCUAUAUUAUGCUUUGAAUGAAGCUUUACAAAAACAAGAUUAUAGAAAAAAUGAGACAUUUGGACCAUUAUGUUAUCUUAUUCGAAAUUAUUCUUGUCUUGAACAAGAUUUUAUUGGUAUUGUUUGUAGAGGAUUACAAUUAGGUUAUAUGAAUAUAGAAGUCUGUAAACAAAUGUAA